CAGCCUUUGCUUUGCUGCAUCAUCUUGUGGGAAACUCAGUCCGUGCGGUAAGUUGGACCAUUCCUUCUUGGCUGAUUGAAUCUGCUAGGCUCCCUAUGAUUAGACCAGUCAGUCUCUGACAUAGUAUACCAUGCCCACCAUAGGAAGCAAUCGGGGAGCCACUUCGUCCGAUCAAAGUUCUUGUUCCAGCAUCGAGAACCGAAAAUGGACAUUUCUGAAUGCCCGUCUUUUCAAGCGAAGGUGGAUCGCCCAGGCAGCAAGCUUUGCAAGAUAUGUUCGUCAAUCCCGGCGUCGUUCUGGUCCGGUAAAUCCAAGAACAUACACCUCAAGCUUCAGCCGUUGGAGUCGAUGCGAUUUGAAGCAGAAAGAGGAUGCCAGCUAUGCGGUAUUCUGCAAUUGGGCCCCAGUCGAGAUGCGGAUCGUCAAUCAGGGGAUCUUGAGGUCCUUAAGAUGAGACGACCUCCUUAUUAUGACCCGUUUGGAGUGACAAAGGCCCGCUCCGUACUUACAUUUAUUGGGGAUACCCGACACGUGAUUUCACCCACAGUCGACCUCUAUCCGCUGCAUUUCGGAUUCUCCCUGGUCCCAUAUCCUUGGUCCAGGUUGAAGCCUGCCAAAAUGGGGGAACAUGUGGAAAAUCUUCCACUCAUAGAGGUCUGGCUGGAAAAUUGUCGAGACAACCAUGCUCAAUGCUCUACAUUUUCCGAUAGCGAAGACAUCCGUCUAGUGAAUGCAGGCGAACUCGAUUUUGACGGACCACCGCCAAAAUAUGUUACACUGAGUCACUGCUGGGGACCACCUUCAAAGCACUCGAUCACUACGACAAAGGCAACUUUAAGCGAACGUAUGACGCGAAUUCCUUUCAAAACGCUUUCCCAGACGUUCCAAGACUCUAUCAAGAUAUCUCGCUCCCUAAAGCAGAGAUUUCUGUGGAUAGAUUCCCUUUGUAUCAUUCAGGACGAUGAGGAUGACUGGGCAAGUGAAGCCGCCUUGAUGGCUCUGGUUUACGGCCAUAGUUACUUCACACUCGCUGCUCUCAGCUCAAGGGAUAGCACUGAAGGUUGCAAGAUGGUUGCCGAUAUCCAGAGUUCUUACUCUAACCGCUUUGUUGAUAUUGACUUCUACGACUAUGGACCCGGCCAAAACAAAACGAGGUUUCCUCAUCAGCGAGUUCGGAUAUUUGAAACUCCUGUCAGGAUUGAUGAGAUACACGAGUCUGUCGAUGACGGGCCCCUUAACGACCGCGCCUGGACCUUACAAGAGAGGGAGCUGUCGAGAAGAGUGAUCUCAUUCUCCAAGAAAGGGCCGCUUUGGGAGUGUACCGAACUCCGUGCAACUUCCCAACGGCCAUGGGUACAUAACGAAAGAUUCCAGGGUGCCACGAACGGACUGUUCAAGAGCAAAGCAUCCUGGCAGGAUAUCGUUGAGAAUUAUUCUGCACGGUCAUUGUCAAAACAAAGCGACAAGUUAGUUGCGCUGUCCGGGUUAGCGCACGCUGCGCAGGAGUCCUAUCAAGGCGCCACAUAUGUUGGCGGGAUGUGGAGCACGUCUCUCCCUAGAGCCCUCCGUUGGAUGAUUGUGCCGCAACGGUCAAAACCUGAGCCCGCGUAUCAAACUGCGACUGAGCCUGCCUAUAUAGAGCCGAGCUGGUCCUGGGCAUCAGUGGGAUCACCGGUAAUAUUCGGUACGUGUUCUCCAGGGCUUGCUAGACACGAUCUCAAAGUUGAGGAGAUGGUGGGAAUCCCAAAAUAUCAGGACCCAUAUGGUGCGCUUCAAUGUGGAGCCCUUGUUCUUAGCGGUGCUCUACUGGUUGACAUUGAUGUUGGCGAUCCGAUUACAGGCUCGCAUGCACUCACAGAUGAUCGAAGGAUGAUGAAGGAUGGCGUUUCAGUCGGGGAUGUCAGCCUCGAUGCACCCGCUUUUUCUCACUUACUUCGCCAGUGGAAAGUCUGUUUUCUACUGAUUGACAUUUAUUCCGAUUUUCACGGUCUUAUUCUCAGAGAGGGAGUGAACCCCGACGAUGGCUAUACUCGACUGGGAGUUGGAACGAUAUACAAGCGGUUCAAGGACAUACUCUCUCAUUGCAAGCCACGCACCAUCAAACUAGUAUAA